ACGACGAAUGAAGUUAAUAAUACAAAGUUAAGACCUCCCAUAUCAAAUUUCAAAGUGCAAACGACCCACUAAACGAUAAUUAAUUUUCAAAAUACAGGUGAUAAACUUGAUGUUACUUUUUUAAAAUUCAAUCAUACAUUCCCAUGCAUUUAACUUCAAAUAUAUUUCGUAUUUAUGUAAAGGUACAAAGUUCACGCAUUUUUGUCGAGUCACGCUGUAAGUACACUUGAGACAGGAAAGAUUCAAAGUUACACGCGUAAAUUUGAUUAGCACGUAACUGAUAAAAAUUUAUUCACGAUUAAAGCCUUAAAACAAAAAUAUUCACUGUGAUGUAAAUAAUUUAUUACACUGAGUUAGCGCAUAACUUAAAGCAUAUUUACAAUGAUGAAAGCAAGAAAGUUCAUCUUAGUUCAACAUUUCAAAGGAUUGCCGAAGAAAGAAGAUGUAAAAAUUGUAGAAGAGGAAUUGCCACCUCUUAAAACUGGCGAAUUUUUAGCUGAGGCUGUCUAUUUAAGCGUUGAUCCUUAUAUGCGAGCUUACGAACCAAGAUUUCAAAUUGGAUCUUCAAUAAUAGGAGGACAAGUUGCCAAAAUUUUAGAGAGCAAAAAUCCAGAAUUCCCUGUGGGCGCAUACAUUUUUGGCAGUUACGGAUGGAGAACUCACACAGUUGGUCCAAUUGAAGGAGAUGAAGGGAUGCCUAGGCAGUAUCGUCUUCCUGACUUCGCAGGUCAUCCCUACUCCUUAGCGUUGGGUGUUUUGGGGAUGCCAGGAAAUACAGCAUACUUUGGAUUCCUGGAUUUGUGCAAGCCUAAAGAGGGAGAAACGGUGGUGGUAUCAGGAGCAGCUGGAGCAGUGGGAAGUAUAGUUGGGCAGAUUGCCAAAAUCAAAAAGUGUAAAGUGAUAGGCAUAGCAGGAUCAGAUGAGAAAGGAAAGUGGCUAACUGACGAACUUGGUUUUGAUCAUUUUAUUAAUUACAAAACUAGCAAUGUAGCCCAAAAAUUAAAAGAAGCUGCCCCAAAUGGAAUCGAUUGCUAUUUUGAUAAUGUUGGAGGGGAAAUCAGUAGUAAUGUUAUCCAUCAAAUGAAUAAGUAUGGAAGGAUAUCAGUAUGCGGAGCUAUCGCUUCUUACAAUGAUGACUACUUACAUUUACCUAAAGCAACAAUAAUUCAAACCGCGCUGGUAUUUAAAGAGCUGCGGAUGGAAGGAUUUCUGGUAACACGAUGGAUGAACCGUUGGAUGGAUGGGAUCAAUCAAAAUUUGCAAUGGAUUAAAGAAGGAAAAUUGAAAUACAGAGAGACCGUUACAGAAGGAUUUGAGAAUAUGCUUAAUGCCCUUGUUGAUAUUUUACAGGGUGGAAAUACUGGAAAAGCAAUUGUGAAAGUUUGAAACUAAUACAUAAUAAAAAAUUUAACUCUUCUCAAAUAAUAGUCCUUCAUUAACAAUUUGUCUGUUACAUUCCAUUAUAAGUUGUUUUAAUAAAUCUUACAUCAUUC